AGUGAGGUUAAAGCUUGGCUUAAAGCUAUACCUAUACUACUACGUAAUCAUAAUAACCAUACAUACAUAUGUAUGUACAUACAUUAUGAAAGUACUGAGCCACCAAGAUAAUGUGCUGAAGUAGUUUUUGACUUUCACUUGAUUAUCAUUUUUAAUUGUAAAAUUUCUGUUAUGUAAUCUGCCAAAGGUGCAUCUGAGCCGGCAUAUGAGAGAUCUUCAACUGUAAUUGAAAUAAAGCUAUGUUAUCAUUCUUUCGUAAGUUGUCGAUUGGUGGCAAAAUUAGAGAUGGUUUGCUGCCUGAUAACGACAUGGGAGCUGCCGAAGAUAUUGUCAGAACCAAAAAUCACGAUGAAUUAGUGUUUAAGGAUGAGGCAGAGCUAAAAGAGUCUAUUUAUGAUUUACUUCGAACAAUAAAAGAUCCAGAGAAACCUCAAACUUUGGAGCAGUUGGAUGUUGUUUAUGAAGACUGCAUAAAAAUUCAAGAGGCUACACCCGGAGGUAUAACUGUUAUUCGAGUAGAAUUUAAUCCUACGGUGCCACAUUGUUCGUUAGCUACACUUAUUGGAUUAUGUAUAAGAGUUAAACUUGAACGUCACUUACUUGCUCUAUUUAAAUUAGAUAUUUACAUCAAGGAUGGUGCUCACUCCACCGAGCAAGAAAUAAAUAAACAAAUCAAUGACAAAGAAAGAAUUGCAGCAGCAAUGGAGAACCCUAAUUUACGAGAGCUGGUAGAGAAAUGUAUUCAAGAAGAAGAAUAAUUGAUUACUCAUUGUAAUAAGGCUGUAAAUAUUUUUUUAUUGUUAUACAAAGAUUUUGAUAAUAUAGUAAAAUUUUGUAAAUAUUGAUUAAUUAAAUAUUUUAUUGUUAAACAUUUCAAGCAUUUUCUU